AGCAGCAGCAGCAGCAGUAGCAGCGCACCGUCACCCGUCGUCGCCUGCGAGAGUGGAGUGCUUCGUUCCAACCGACCGCUCGAUAGAAGCUGCGUCAGUGUGAAGACUAGGGUGCCAACCGACGACAUUGCGUGCGGCGGCGUCACCCUCGGGAUGCGUUAUCGCACGGAGAGUGGAGUUACCAUCGCCUAGAGAGCGAGAGAGAGAGGGGUCGCUGCAUUGAAGGCUGAUCGCAUUGGCAAACACGGUAAGAACGUGCGCCGCCACGAGGAGCCGCAGCUAAUGCCGAGAAGCUUCUCAUGAAAGAGAGGGGGCAAGACCUGGCUGUCAACAUCAACAUCGACCUGAGAAGAAUGAAAGAUUUCCAGGUGGAAGUGAGCGAUGCCGAGUCUUGGCCCGCGGGAGGGUGGGCCCGAACUAGGAUACAGUUCAACGGCGUUUGUUGAGGUCGGUGCGCGCAACACGAGAGACUAAUCCCAUCCAAGCUUGCUGGCCCCGGUCUGAGAGGUUGGCAAACGAUUAGUCGCUCGGGUAGGUGCAGCGCGCUCCGGCCCCAAACAGCGUUAUGGAAGCUCGAGCGGGUUUGUGGAGCGAGUCCGCCGCCGGCUCGCUCAACCCUCGCUUCCUCACGGCACACUGGCGACCGUUCUCUCUGGGACCGUCCCGCACGAGGGUCUCGAUCCCCCCGCUGGCCGCGCGAGCGAGAGCCAUGAGCGGGAAGACCGUUACGCUCGGCCCAGCCGCCGACCAGCCGUACCCC